UGUAUCCUCUCCUUCCACCGCCAUGAAGUCUCACGUUAUUGUUGCUAUCGCCAUGGUAGUCGUCAUGGGCCUGAGCAGCGCUGAGGCCAAGGCUGACGCAGAGGCGCGCCCUGGCUACGGCAACUACUACUACGACUACAGGAACGCCCGCCGUCGCAACGUGUUCCUCGACUAUGACUCGUUUGACCGCGACAAGAGGGAGGCGGGGGCCGAACCCACGAAGAACACUGAAGCUGAGGGAGAAGCAGAGGACCCAAGCGAGCACCAGGUCUUUAAGAGGGCCGCUAAGGCUGAAGCUGAGGCUGAAGCUGACGCCUCCUACGAGGGUUACGGCUGGCGCUACCCCUACAAGUACCCAUACAACCCCUACCGCCGCUAUUUCUGGAAGUAGUUCUUGAGGUGACUCACUGACUCCGUGGACUUCACUGUUUGCCCUCAGCAUCACGUAGCGUAGAGGAAAUAUUGUAAAAGAGCA